GAAAUAGUUGACCACAUAAAUUAAUAGUGGAAAUACAUGCAAAAUAAAUGCAAUGUAGAAUGAACAUUACGUAAUGGAAGCUUAUUUAGUCUAAUGGUUUGAGUAAUGGUUCAUUGAUGCUUAUACACCAGUAGAUCUGGGUUUCGAUGCACAGAAAAGACAAAAUUAUGCAAAUUAAUAGAGAAAAUGCUUAUAAUGCAGUCAGACGUGAAUCCUCAUAAAGUAGGUAGAAUUGUCGGCCGUAGAAUUAUAUGUAAUAUUUUAUAUAGUUUGUAAUAUCAUAAUUAUCUAACGUUAAAAAAUGAACAUUACAUAAAAAAUAUAGAAUAUUUGAUAAUAAUGCAAAUGAGCCAAUAAGCAAGAGAGUCCGGUGUUAUUAACAAUACCAUUUUCCACAAGCUGAUCUCCCAUUUGUCUUUGACCUUAUAUUUCAUUUCUUAACAAACAAGAGAAUCAUUUUAUCAUAUAACUAUUGUAAAUUUCAGAGACCAAAAAUAAAGGGGUCUAAUCGAAAGUAGGUUUAGUCGUUUAGGUAAGAAAGAGGCUUACUUAUACCUUUUGGUAACGUGUUCGUCAAUACUGAACCUAUGAAGCCCACCCCACCUACCCAUCUUUUCUGAUAAUUCUUUUAUAUGCAACAUAACUAAACAUAACUAUUUUAAAUACAUAUAAUGAACUUAUAUAUCGCGUGAUGAUUUCAACAUCAAAUGACUAGCCUUAAGAGAUUUUCAUAAUAAAACUUAAAAAUACACAAAGAAAAACUCCAUUUCUGAUUCUUAUUUUAUAAAAAUGGGGUUUAGCAUCUAUUAAACUAGUUGGUGAUACUUAGACGCAUCUUCUUUAACAGCAAAAUGUUUGUUUUAAGCCUUUAACAGAAUAUGUAUCCUCACGAAACAACAAUACUCUAAAUAGGAAGAUGCAAAUUGCAUGUAAACAUUAAUUCAGCCAUUAAUUUUGAAUAUAUUUAGAAUCUAAUUUUAUUUCCCUUCACAUUCCAAACUUUUCUGCGUGUAUUAUUAUAUAGUAUUUUUUGUAUUAGCUUAACAUAAAAUAUUUAAUAUUGUAUGCAAUGGUGCAAAACUUAUAUAAAAAUAUAUAUAAACCUAUACAUGUAUCUAUCUUUGUGUGUCUCUAUUAUAACGUGGAUCAAGAUUCUUUCUUAUCUUUAUCACUCUCACGUUCUUUUGUCUUCAAACGCACACAAAGAAAAGAAAAAACCAAGAAUGACUAUACCGUCAAGAAUCCUCGAGACGGCGGCGACGCCACCACCACAACCGUCGGAGCAGAUUCUGGCGGCGGAAUCUGACAUGGUGGUGAUCUUGUCUGCUCUUCUCUGCGCUCUCAUAUGCGUAGCUGGCCUUGCCGCCAUCGUACGUUGCUCUUGUCUCCGGCGAUUUACUGCCGGAGGAAAUUCUCCGUCGCAGAACAAAGGGUUGAAGAAGAAAGCUCUUCAGUCUCUUCCUAGAUCCACUUUCACCGCCGCGGAAUCAACCUCCGGAGGUGCCGCCGAAGACGGCGGAGAUUCAACGGAGUGCGCGAUUUGUCUCACUGAGUUCGCCGACGGAGAAGAAAUCAGAGUGCUUCCUCUUUGUGGCCAUUCCUUCCACGUGGCGUGUAUUGACAAAUGGCUUGUCUCUAGGUCUUCGUGUCCUUCUUGUCGCCGGAUUCUCACACCGGUGAGAUGUGGCCGGUGCGGCCAUUCUUCAACGGCCGGGAGGCAAAGCAAAGAUCAUCAACAUGACCAACACUCGUCGCAGCUCGCUUCCUCUGUUCCUACGUUUCUUCCUUAACACAAUCUUACUUAUUAUCGGAAUAGUUAAUUUUAAUAGUGUCUUGUAAAGUGGGUUCAAUUAGAAACUAGUGAUCUCAAGGUUUUUUUUUUUCUUCCUGUCGUUUUAGAUGUAAUUCCACUGUGUUAAGAUCAACUAGAUAGAGUUCAAAGUUGGAGAUGUUUAUCUAAAUAGCAAAAUGAGUUAAAUCA